AUGGACGUGGAAGACGUCUCGCAGGAACGCGGAUAUUUCCAACUCUUACAGACCCAGAAGCGAAAUCUGCAGAAUGCCAAGUCGCGGAAAGGUCAGACUCCUCGCCGGACCAAGACUCGCAACGAGAUCAUCAUGCAGUUCAUGUUUCGCCAGAUGAUGGGAAACUUGGGACCGGUGGAGCCGCACAAUCUCCGAUCCUCAUUUGUGCCCCCAGCCUACCAUCCAUCCGUUGCAGCAUUGCGGGAGCUCAAAAAGACCCGGAUCCACAAUCUCACUUUGGAGACUCACCAUCGUGGUUUGUAUCUUCUGGUCAGAGCGGUCACCCCGACCGAUCGCAUGACGGCGAUCAUGGCUGUGGUGGAAGAUGAGGCAGGAGAUGUUGUCAUGUUGCAGCUCUACAAUCAGGAGAAGAGCUUAGCGACUGACGGCCGACUUGUUGAGGGAACGGUGAUGGUGAUCAAAGAGCCGUACUUGAAGAUCAUGGCUGAUGGAGACUACGGUCUCCGCGUUGACCAUCUCUCCGAUGUCAGAUUCCUAUCAGACUCUGACCCUUUGAUACCGGCAGAAUGGAGCCGUAGGCCAGGUGUUGAAGCUUCUGCAACUGACUGGAAGACCCGAGGGAAUGACCUUUUUGCCCAAUCCGCGUACCAUCUCGCAAUCGACUGCUACACCGAGGCUUUGAACUCCUCUCCGUCUGCCGAGGAGCAAAACACCAUUCGGCUCAACCGUGCUUUGGCGUGCCUGAAGACCCAUCAAUUUGAUGCAGCCCUUCGGGACGUCGAGCCAGUCCUUCUGCUCAACCCCUCGGAGAAAGGCCUCUUUCGAAAAUCGCAGGCCCUUUACCACCUCCAGCGCUUUCCAGACUCCUGCGCCACCCACCAUACUCUCCGUCGGUUAUAUCCAGAGAACGUUGCUGCAAAACAGGAGUUCGACAGAGCCACUGACCGCUUGACAGAGAGCCAGCUCGGCAAGUACCCAUUCAAACGACUGCAGCGCGAGGCGGACAAGCGCCGUCCUCCCCGUCUCGACCGCGCAACAUAUGUUGGCCCUGUUUCGGUGCGUGCGUCGGAACUUCAUGGACGCGGGCUCUUCACGACCGAGGCCGUCCGGGCCGGGGAUUUGCUCCUUUGUGAAAAGGCCUUCGCCCAUGCAUUUCAUGGUGAGGCGGGCGAUUCCGAUGCUGAGAUCUCGCUCUUGAUGAACACCGAGACUCAGACGAUGACGGUGGGCACCCAAGCCGAGUUGAUCAGUGCGAUCGCGCAGAGGUUGUACAAGAACCCUUCCUUGAUAGCGGUAGUGAAGGACCUGUAUCAUGGUUCCUACAUCCCUACCAACAUCUCCGAGGUCGAUGGUACGCCUGUGAUUGACACGUUCCUGAUCGAACGAGCCGUUUCCCUGAAUUGUUUUGGCUGCCCGAUCUCUUCGCGCACGACCCACGUAUCCUCGAUGAAAGACGAAUCCACGGCUCGACAGCUCGCAACAUCCCAGGUGCGAUUUCAUUCCUGCGGUGUCUGGGCUCUUGCAUCGUACAUCAACCACUCCUGCUGCUCCAACGUGCGCCGUGCCUUCAUCGGGGAUAUGAUGAUAGUCCGCGCCACGCGUGACCUCCCCGCUGACACGGAGCUAACCUUCUGGUAUCGAGCGCCCUCGGCCCAGGACCCGCCAACGAAACGUCUCGACUUGCAACACUGGGGUUUCGAAUGUAGCUGCGCAAUCUGCCAGGACCGGCACGCGACCGGGAGCGGUGAUCUGGCACGACGAAGAAAGCUUCUGGUUGAGGUAGAAACGGCCUUCAGGUCGCUGGCCCCGGGCCGCAGGUCUAACGCAGCCGUUGCGAGAAUCGAAAGGAUGAUUUCUGACAUCCAGCGGACCUAUCGUUCGCCGGCUGCUCAGGUCCCCCGGCUCGGGGUCUGGAACGCAUAUCUCACCUUGGCGGCGGUACAUGCCACAGGCCGUCAGCCACGGAAAGCACUUGAAUUCGCGCUCAAGACAUUUGAGUCGCUUGGCUAUGUGAUUCAGAGCGAGCCCCGCACAACUUUGGUCGUCAAGGAAUGGGGCUUGAUCAUGGAUGGUCUGGUCGGGUGUUGGAUGAUCCUUUGCCGCGCGUACAGCGAUAUAGCUCCCGAUCUGGCCGAUCAGGCAGAGCGAUAUGCGCGGACGACCUAUAAGAUAUGUGUGGGUGAGGAUGAGACGUUUGAGAGUACAUACAGUCGGUCGUCGAAGCGAGUCGACGGGCUCAUUGUGGGCGUGGUUUAG